AUGGCCGAAGACAGCAACGCCCAGGAGGUCCAGAAGGUCGACGAGACCCCCAUCUCUUCAGUCCACUCUCCACAGGGCCGCAAGAACUCGGUUUCGCUGGAGCAGCACCUUCAACACCGACCGGAGCGAUCAGAGCUCGUCGCCAAGAACAUCCUCCCCGACUCGACCGCCGCGCCAGGACUCCAAGAGAAGCAGAAGGAGCUUGAGAAGCACAUGCGUGCAGAUACCCUCAACGACAAGAUCUCGCACCGGCCCGACCCGGAGCAGCUGAUCAAGGAGGGCGUCCUGAAGGACGACCCCAGAUCACCCGACGAGAAGUACGCAGAGGCAAUUGAGGAGGAAUAUGCCAAGCGCGAGGGUGGUGCUUAA